UUUCCCAUUUUUUCCUUCAAGAUGAUGAGCUUCGGAGACAUUCUCCAUUCGGAGAAAGAGAAAGAGAAGGAGAUGAUGCUCACGACCACUACUAGUCUCGAUGGCAAAAUCGUCGAGAGGGUUCUGGCCAGUUUAGGCAAAGGCUUCGAUUUGACGUCGGAUUUCCGGCUUAACUAUUGCAAAGGCAAACGACGGUUGGUUGCCCUAAACGAAGGUGGCAAAAGAGAUCUCGUCAUACCUGGUUUUGGUACCAUUGCGAACGUCUCCGGCGACAUUAAAUGCGACAAGGGAGACCGGACGAGGAACCAGACCGACAUGUACAGCUUCAGUCAGAUGUCGGAGUAUAUCAACCAGAGGUCGAGUGUUCCCGGGAAAGUGCCGUCGGGGUUGUUCAAUUCGUUGUUUGAGUUCGAUAGUGGUUCGUGGGGGAGUGAUGCGGCCAAUAUCAAAUGCUUGGGUGUGGAUGGCUACUUUAUUAUCUUCUUCAGUGUUCACAUCGAUAGGUACCCUCUUGUUCUCGCCGAUGAAGUUCGCGGCGCCGUUCCGUCCACUUGGGACCCAUUUGCCAUUUCAAGAUUCAUACAGAAAUAUGGGACGCACAUCGUGGUGGGUUUGGAUGUUGGGGGUCAGGAUUUGGUGUUGGUUAAGCAAGAUAAAUCAUCAUAUAUGGAACCAUCAGACCUCAGAACACACUUACAUGAGCUCGGAGAUCAGCACUUUACAGGGACAUGUAAUUUCUCCCCACUCCUCUCCAAAUCGAAAGAUCAUAAACACAAGGCACCACAGGCAUUCAAUAUCUUUGAUUCUCCACAAUCCGUCGCCAUCAAUGGGUUCUCCACCACAAACACAAAAAAUGGAAUCACUGUGAUAAGCUCUAAAAGGGGAGGUGAUCCAUCGGCCAGUAGCCACAGUGAGUGGCUUCAAACAGUUCCGUCAAUGCCGGACGCAAUUCAGUACAGCUUCAUUCCUAUCACUUCUCUACUGAAAGGUGUUCCCGGCAAAGGUUUCUUGUCCCAUGCCAUCAACCUCUAUAUAAGAUAUAAGCCUCCUAUAGCUGAUUUGCCCUACUUUCUUGAAUUUCAAGUAUCCCACAAAGUUUGGGCUCCCAUUCACAAUGACCUACGUUUGGGUCCUGCCACAAAUAGCAAAUCUAAUCCAUCACCACCUUCUCUUCACUUCAGCAUGAUGGGUCCUAAAUUAUAUGUGAACACCACACAGGUUCGAGUUGGAAAUAAUGCCCCCAUCACAGGGAUGCGCUUGUUUCUUGAGGGCAUGAAAUGCAACAGGCUAGCCGUCCACCUUCAACAUCUAGUAAACACCCCAUUGAUGUUGGAUAACAAGAUCGAUGACACAAAGAUAUGGCGAGGAUCAGAAGAGAUUGAUGAUGACCGGUACUUUGAAGCAACAAACGGGAAAAAGUUCUCGCAUGUGUGCACAGCGCCGGUAACGUACGACCCAAAAUGGAUGUCUGCAGGCGUAACAUCGGCCUUCAUUGUCUCAGGAGCACAACUUGUGGUGAAGCAACACGGCUCAAAGAACGUUGUCCAUCUUCGACUCUUGUUCUCCAAAGUCUUGGACUCUUUCUUAGUACAGUCAAAUUGGGCAGAGUCAUGCUCAUCCUCAACUAAAUCAUCGUCGUCCUCUGGCCUUUUGAAUGCGAUGAGUAGACCAUUAUCUGGGAACUAUUGGGGAAAAGAGAAAGUAGAACCUGCCGCGGAGAAUGUAAUAUUGGAUUCGAGUGUGUUUCCUGCAGGGCCACCGGUGCCAUUGCCAAGGCAGAAAUUUGUGAAGCAUGUAAACACCUCACAUGUCUGCAAAGGGCCGCAGGAUAGUCCUGGCCAUUGGUUAGUCACCGGAGCAAAGCUCAACUUGGUCAAAGGAAAAAUUGGCUUGCGAGUCAAGUUUUCUCUGUUAAACGUAGAAGAAAACUGAAUGUACAUAGCCUAGCUAGCACAUUAUUUUCAUUCUUUCGUUAGAUUAUUAUACUUAUUCAACGCAAUUAAUAUGCUAGCAAGUGCAUAGUGCUUUGCGAGUUAUGCCACUCUAAAUGUAGAGAGACUGGCGUUUUUGUAAACUGAACUUUGGGGUCAUUCUACAUAUCAAGAUUACCA